CACGAUUUGAUUGCAAUGCAUCAGGUGUGUAUUUCCCCACACUUUUACCCCUCACUCCCCGGUGGUGCUGCCUGGCGUCGGGUGGCUUCUGAUAACGGAUGUCGUAUCCUCUCUUGUCGGGGAGGAAGGUGCACUCUUAGUCCGGUGAGGAAUUAAAGUUCGGGUAUGGAAGGGUCCGGACUUUGGUUAAGCCAACGGAACUUCAAAAUCGAUUCCCCUCGCCCGAAUUCUUCUCCCAAACAUCAACCGCUUUCGAACCCAGGCCUAUCCGGAUCUCACACCUUCCUGACCAUCAAAGCAACUUCCCAGCUCUCCAAACCCAAGAUGAGCGGAAUCGAAGUUGCCAUUUUUGGGCCCCGUGAUGGAGUUGCUGCUGUGAAGGCUGUCGGAGAAAAGCUCAAUGGCAAAACAAGACUGGAAUUGAACAGAACUGGAUCCUAUGAGCAAAAUGGCCUUACGCCAUCCACCUGGGAACUCGAGCAUCUCAACGCCUCACUUGACCAUGCCGGACUCCAAGAUGUGCCUGUCAGAAUCAUGAUUCGACCUUGCGGAGCACCCAAGCUCGGGCCCGACUUUGUUUAUUCAGAUGCCGAGUUCGAGCAGAUGAAGUCUGAUAUACGCAAGUUCAAAGAGUCGAAGCACAUGAGCAGAGAGCGGGGAGAUGGGUUUGUGUUUGGCGUUCUGAGACAAUCUUGCUCGGUCCCACAGAUGCUGGUGGUCGACAGGGUGAGAACUGCGGAGUUGAAGCAUUUGGCAGGGGAUGAUUUCAAGUGUGUCUUCCAUCGAGCCUUCGAUCUGGUGAUUUCAACUUCCAGGGAUGAGAUGUGGGUGGACGACCUGGAGUGGUUAAAGACACAGGGGAUGGCCGUUCUUACCAGCGGUGGCUGUGGAAAUGCGAGCAACAAUACCAAGGCUCUGAAGCAAGUACUUAUCGAGACAGCGAGGAUCGGACAGGAACUGAUCGUGGGUGGGGGGGUGAGAAGCGAUACCCUGGAAAGUCUGGGGAAUGGGAUGGGAGGACUGGGAUAUAUCUAUGCCCUAACCAGUCUUCACUCGGUUGGCAUGGUGUUGCAUUCAUCUUUUUUGAAGCGCGGCCCCAGCAAUGUGGUGUCGUUCGAUGUGGAAGAAGCGCGAAAGUUCAAGGCCACAUUGUACACGCUCAUCUCAUCACAGGGAUGUGCUAACUAG